AUGUCUUCUAAAAGUCGAAAGCGAAAACCCGAUACAGAACGUAGCGAAGUUAAUUCGGUGUUAGAAGCGCUAAAAUCCGGCUCAUCAACUUCUACUACGAAACGACAACGAAAUAGCAAAGAUUAUACUAUUCAAGCCUUAAGGAGCGUAAACAAAGCACCAUCAACAAAAAAAAACAACAUCAAUAAUAAUGGUUUGAUUGCUGUCGACGACGAUGUUCAAAAUGAAAUUGCUGAAAGCCCAUCGAGACCCCCACUUAAUGAAAUUUUAACAAAUACAUUAGAAAAUCGUUAUAUCGAUCCAGAAUGUGAUGAAGAAAGCCAAUCGGCCAAUUCAUUACUAGAAAUAACCAAAAGAAUAUUAGAGCAGAACACUUCGAUUAUGGAAAAGCAGGAUGCAUUAGAAAUUAAGCUUACUCAACUCACCAAUAAUGUCAAGACUUUACAAGUGGUGACGCAAGGGAUCAAAAUCGCUGUUGAUAAUUGGCUUUAUCCUAACGACCGAAUAUAUGAACAAAUUAUUCGAAAAGAGCUUGAGGAUCUUUAUCCGGAUAGAAUGGAACGAUACCAAAAAGGUUCCAAAUGGGAAGCUUUGUAUGGUAAAAUUGAACAUUCG